GUCGGUUCCGUGCUGGGAGCCGGGCGGCGGCGGCGAGGCUGGGGGCCGCGGGCGGAGGAGGAGGAGGCCGCUGCGGGGUCUCCCGCUGCUCCUCCGGAGCCGCCGCCCGGACCCGGAGCCCCGCCGCCGCCUGGCUUUGCCUGAGCUCCUCAGGAUUUGUCAGCCAGAUGUGACAAGAUUGUGGCGAGGCGAGUGAAGGAGAUCUGAUAUUAAUCAGCGCGUAGCUCCGAGCCAAACUUUCUCAAAUGCGGUGUAGAAACAUGUUCUUCUCAUUUAAGGCAUCUCUUUGUGGCUGCGGGGCUGCCACUGCUGCGAGUCUGACAGCUAUCAGCUGUACUCUGAACUGUACUUGCCAAAGUUUCAAACCCGGGAAAAUAAACCACCGUCAGUGUGACCAAUGCAAGCAUGGAUGGGUGGCCCAUGCUCUAAGUAAGCUAAGGAUCCCCCCGAUGUAUCCAACAAGCCAGGUGGAGAUUGUCCAGUCCAAUGUAGUGUUUGAUAUUAGCAGCCUCAUGCUCUAUGGGACCCAGGCCAUCCCCGUUCGCCUAAAAAUCCUACUGGACCGGCUCUUCAGUGUGUUGAAGCAAGAUGAGGUUCUCCAGAUCCUCCAUGCCUUGGACUGGACACUUCAGGAUUAUAUCCGUGGAUACGUACUGCAGGAUGCAUCAGGAAAGGUGUUGGAUCACUGGAGCAUCAUGACCAGUGAGGAAGAAAUGGCCACCUUGCAGCAGUUCCUUCGUUUUGGAGAGACCAAAUCUAUAGUUGAACUCAUGGCAAUUCAAGAGAAAGAAGAGCAAUCCAUCAUCAUACCACCUUCCACAGCAAAUGUAGAUAUCAGGGCUUUCAUCGAGAGCUGCAGCCACAGGAGUUCUAGCCUCCCCACUCCUGUGGACAAAGGAAACCCCAGCAGUAUACACCCCUUUGAGAACCUCAUAAGCAACAUGACUUUCAUGCUGCCUUUCCAGUUCUUCAACCCUCUGCCUCCUGCACUGAUAGGGUCAUUGCCCGAACAAUACAUGUUGGAGCAGGGUCAUGACCAAAGUCAGGACCCCAAACAGGAAGUCCAUGGGCCCUUCCCUGACAGCAGCUUCUUAACUUCCAGUUCCACACCAUUUCAGGUUGAAAAAGAUCAAUGUUUAAACUGUCCAGAUGCUAUUACUAAAAAAGAAGACAGCACCCAUUUAAGUGACUCCAGCUCAUACAACAUUGUCACUAAGUUUGAAAGGACACAGUUAUCCCCUGAGGCCAAAGUGAAGCCUGAGAGGAAUAGCCUUGGUACAAAGAAGGGCCGGGUGUUCUGCACUGCAUGUGAGAAGACCUUCUAUGACAAAGGUACCCUCAAAAUCCACUACAAUGCCGUCCACUUGAAGAUCAAGCAUAAGUGCACCAUCGAAGGGUGUAACAUGGUGUUCAGCUCCCUAAGGAGCCGGAAUCGCCAUAGUGCCAACCCCAACCCUCGGCUGCACAUGCCAAUGAACAGAAAUAACCGGGACAAAGACCUCAGGAACAGCCUGAACCUGGCCAGCUCUGAGAACUACAAGUGCCCAGGUUUCACAGUGACGUCCCCAGACUGUAGGCCUCCUCCCAGCUACCCUGGUUCAGGAGAGGAUUCCAAAGGCCAACCAUCCUUCCCAAACAUUGGGCAAAAUGGUGUGCUUUUUCCCAACCUAAAGACAGUCCAGCCGGUCCUUCCUUUCUACCGCAGUCCAGCCACACCUGCCGAGGUAGCAAACACGCCUGGGAUACUGCCUUCCCUCCCACUGUUGUCCUCUUCAAUCCCAGAACAGCUCAUUUCAAACGAAAUGCCAUUUGAUGCCCUUCCCAAGAAGAAAUCCAGGAAGUCCAGUAUGCCUAUCAAAAUAGAGAAAGAAGCUGUGGAAAUAGCUAAUGAGAAAAGACACAGCCUCAGCUCAGAUGAAGACAUGCCCCUACAGGUGGUCAGUGAAGAUGAGCAGGAGGCCUGCAGUCCUCGGUCACACAGAGUAUCUGAGGAGCAGCAUGUACAGUCAGGAGGCUUAGGGAAGCCUUUUCCUGAAGGGGAGAGGCCCUGCCAUCGUGAAUCAAUAAUUGAGUCCAGUGGAGCCAUCAGCCGAACCCCUGAGCAGGCCACACACAAUUCAGAGAGGGAGACUGAGCAGACACCAGCGUUGAUCCUGGUGCCAAGGGAGGUCGAGGAUGGUGGCCAUGAACACUACUUCACACCUGGGAUGGAACCCCAAGUUCCUUUUUCUGACUACAUGGAACUGCAGCAGCGCCUGCUGGCUGGGGGACUCUUCAGUGCUUUAUCCAACAGGGGAAUGGCUUUUCCUUGUCUUGAAGAUUCUAAAGAACUGGAGCACAUGGGUCAGCAUGCAUUAGCAAGGCAGAUAGAAGAAAAUCGCUUCCACUGUGACAUCUGCAAGAAGACCUUUAAAAAUGCUUGCAGUGUGAAAAUGCAUCACAAGAAUAUGCAUGUCAAAGAAAUGCACACAUGCACAGUGGAGGGCUGUAAUGCUACCUUUCCCUCCCGCAGGAGCAGAGACAGACACAGCUCAAACCUAAACCUCCACCAAAAAGCAUUGAGCCAAGAAGCAUUGGAGAGCAGUGAAGAUCAUUUCCGUGCAGCUUACCUUCUGAAAGAUGUGGCUAAGGAAGCCUAUCAGGAUGUGGCUUUUACACAGCAAGCCUCCCAGACAUCUGUCAUCUUCAAAGGAACAAGUCGAAUGGGCAGUCUGGUUUACCCAAUAACCCAAGUCCAUAGUGCCAGCCUGGAGAGCUACAACUCUGGCCCCUUGAGCGAGGGCACCAUCCUGGAUUUGAGCACUACCUCGAGCAUGAAGUCAGAGAGUAGCAGCCAUUCUUCCUGGGACUCUGACGGGGUGAGUGAGGAAGGCACUGUGCUUAUGGAGGACAGUGAUGGGAACUGUGAAGGGUCGAGCCUUGUCCCUGGGGAAGAUGAGUACCCCAUCUGUGUCCUGAUGGAGAAGGCUGACCAGAGCCUUGCUAGCCUGCCUUCUGGGUUGCCCAUAACCUGUCAUCUCUGCCAAAAGACAUACAGUAACAAGGGGACCUUUAGGGCCCACUACAAAACUGUGCACCUCCGGCAGCUCCACAAAUGCAAAGUACCAGGCUGCAACACCAUGUUUUCGUCUGUUCGCAGUCGAAACAGACACAGCCAGAAUCCCAACCUGCACAAAAGCCUGGCCUCAUCUCCAAGUCACCUCCAGUAACAAGAUGGCAAACCAAAUAUGCUCAGAUAAGCUUUUUUCAUAAUUCAGGAAUAAGGUAGUCCAUAGAAAUGUUUGUUUCAUAUCAUUUGGGACGAGUCAGGUAAAAGUAUUUGAUUUGACUUUAUAGUUUUCCACAGCACAAUGAGCAAAAGACAAACCUUGUGGGAAGAUGACACUGGGGCAGCCCAUCCUAUUUUUCUUAGCCCAAGAGGUCUUUCACUGAUACAAGGAAAACUUGCAGAAAUGCAGUUUUUCCCAGAUUUGUUUACAUGUUACCUGGGACAGAUCCAGGUCUGCAGAUCGACACCAGUGGGCCCAGGACCUGGGGGUGGCUUUAAAUGAGGCUUGCAGUGUUAAGGGUCUUGGAUCAGAAGGGUCCUGGGGAAGAAGACUCACCGUGGACAAGAUACCAGUCCCUAAGAUAGCAUUUUCAGUUCCUUCUUCAAUUAGUUUGAAAUCCAGACCUGAGUUUGGAAGACUGACUUUUUAAGACCAUCCCUGUGUUUGGAGUGGAUAAUUGUCCCUCCCCUCAGCCCUGCGCCAAAGGUCUCAUAUGUUACCCCAGGGAGUUCUCAGAGGAUUGGGUUGGCCUCUAACAUGUUCCUUGUUAAUUCUUGUUCUGUAACAUGCAUUCAAGAAGCUAGGGGAAAAAUAUGCACUUAAAUAACAGUCUUCAAUUUAAUUUAAAAAUAUUUCAAUAAUAUUUCAUUUGUGCUUAUGUGGUGUUUGGUGUUGAGUGCAGAUAUUGCACUGUGUCACCUCUGGAUCUCUGCUCAGAGGCUGAACAAGUGAUGACCUAAAUGUCAAAAUCACCACUCAUUUUCAUUUGGUGAACUUCAAAGUCUGUUCUUUUUGGUCACCUGUGGAAUGAAUGCAAGCAUGAUUUUGGCAGGAACAUUUGUACAUAUUCUGCCAUAGAUAAUGUGGUUCUGAUAGUUGUUGUGUAUUUUCAGUAUCACUGGAUCCCUCAGUCUUCACCCUUUUAUAAAUGUAUAAGAUUAGGAUGAACUUUUGAAUUUACUUGGUAGGAAAAAAAGUAGGACAUUAUUGCCAUAUUGUAUGUCUUAAUAUUUAACUUAUUCUGAAAUAUAUUCCACACUGUUACAUACAUUUUCCAUUGUAGAAAGGAAAUUCAGUCAGUCCUGUGGAAUGAAACCAUCUCCUGAAAUUCAGCAUUUGCAGUAUUCUAAAAGCCUGUGUAGGUACAAGGACAUUGAUUUUGUAUUCAGAAUUCAAGUUAACUAUCUUUUAAAUUCGUGGUUGAUGUAAGUAAUAAAAAACAUUCUUAAAGAAAGUUGAGGGUUAUAAGAGAUAUUAUUUCUGUGGUCUAAAGGUUAAAAAAAAAAGCCAACAACCUGUUACCAAUUAUUUCAACUUUUUUUCGUUUUAAUAAAUGUGACAACUUAAAACUUGUUUCUAUUUAAAGUGAGAUGUAUCUUUCAACUGUUUAGUUACCCAGCUGUUUAAUAUUCCAGUUUUCCCAAAGUGAAAAGAUUUGUAUACAAAUAUUUUCUAUGAUUUAAUAAAAAUAUAUGGCACACCUUUUGUUUGAAAAGGCAAA